AUGGCGCUGCGGCCCGGGCCCGGCGCGGGGGGCGCCGGCGGAACGGGCGGCGGAACGACCGGGGCCGCCAGUUUCAUGUUUCCUGUCGCAGGAGGUUUGGGCCCCCCUCAAGCUGGGAUGAUUCCUAUGCAACAGCAAGGAUUUCCAAUGGUUCCUGUCAUGCAAGCCAAUAUGCCAGGAAUGAUGGGAAUGAAUUAUGGCUCUCAGAUGCCUCCUGGACCCAUGACCAUGCAGGGUGGCAUGGCCCUGGGGCCGAUGCCAGCAGCUGGAAUGCCAUACAUGGGACAGGCCUCGUUCCUGGGAAUGCGCCCGGCCGCCCCCCAGUACAGCCCGGACAUGCAGAAGCAGUUUGCAGAGGAGCAGCAGAAGAGGUUUGAGCACCAGCAGAAGUUCUUAGAGGAGGAAAGAAAACGGCGUCAGUUUGAAGAGCAGAAACAAAAGCUGAGACUCCUGAGCAGUGUGAAACCCAAGACAGGAGAAAAAAGCAGAGAUGAUGCUUUGGAAGCCAUUAAAGGAAACUUAGAUGGCUUUUCUAGAGAUGCUAAAAUGCACCCAACACCAGCAACACACCCAAAAAAGCCAGAUCAUCCCACACCAUCCCAUUGUGCUGUAUCUGUUUCCCAUUCUGCUUUUCUCGAUGAUGAAGAAUUUAGUGACUUUAUGCAAGGGCCUGUUGAAACCCCCAAACUGGUGCCUCAAUCCACCUCUCAGCCUUUCCAUCCUGCCACUGAGGCUGGGCAGCUGCUUUCAGAGAGGGCUGUGCUCCAACCUGUCCCUCCAGCCCAGGCUCCAGUGUUAUCCACCCUGCAUGGUACAACUGGGCAGGUUCCUUAUUUUCCUACCUCUGCAUCUCCAUCCAAUACCCAUAAAACAGGCUCUUCCUUGGAGGAGAAAGCUUUAGCUAAUGGCUCAGAUGAAUCUGAACAAGAGCAAACCAAACUUAAAACUUCCGAAGUUGGGCACAAAGCUUCGGCUGCAAGCCAAGCCCAUCCCAGUCUCACCAGCAGUGACUGGGAUGUUGUAGGUGGACAUGAAAGUGGUCCCAGUGCUGCUGCAGAGGUGCACAAGGCUUCAGAACAAAACAGAGCAGUUGAAGAGUGUGGAGUUGGAGUGUUCCCUCCCCAGGACCCCAUCCAGCAAAUUAUGCCUCCCUGGAUUUACAAUGACAGCUUGGUCCCAGAGCUGUAUAAGAAAAUCUUAGAAACCACUUUGACUCCUGCUGGAAUUGACACAGCCAAGCUCUACCCCAUCCUGAUGUCCUCGGGACUGCCCAGAGAGACCCUGGGGCAGAUCUGGGCCUUGGCCAACCGCACCACGCCCGGGAAGCUCACCAAGGAGGAGCUCUACUCUGUGCUGGCCAUGAUAGCAGUGACUCAGAGAGGGAUCCCUGCCGUGAGCCCUGACGUGCUGAACCAGUUCCCAGCCGCGCCCGUCCCCACCCUGUCCGGGUUCCCGGUGCCUCUGCCCGGAGGGGUGAGCCAGCCCCCGCUGCUGCCCGCGGCUCCCCCGCCCUCCGUGGGGCUGGGCAUGGGAGCAUCCGUGAUGGGCAUGAGCAUCCCCGGCCCUGCUCCUGCCCCUGCUCCAGCUGCUCCAGCUGCAGCACAACCUUCUGGAGCCUUCCUGCCUUCCUACCCACCUGGCCAGGUAGUAAAACCAGAAGAUGAUGACUUCCAGGAGUUUCAGGAUGCCUCCAAGUCUGGCUCCCUGGAUGACUCCUUCACUGAUUUCCAGGGGGAGGCAGCCAAAGCAGCCAGUUCACAGCACCGGAGCAGUGUUCCUUCUUUACUAAUGCCACUCCCAGGUACUAAGCCACUGUCACCAGCUGAUAAAUAUGCUGUGUUUAAAGGAAUGGCAGCUGAGAAGCCUUCUGAGAGUGCAGCUGCUUUUGGAGAUGGUGGGGACAAGUACAGUGCUUUCCGGGAAUUAGAGCAACCAGCAGAAAGCAAAUACUUGGGAGAGAACCUUGCAGAGUUCAAACCCGCAGGAGCCGACGAUGGUUUCACAGAUUUCAAAACCGCUGACAGCAUCUCCCCGUUAGAGCCACCCUCAAAAGACAAAAUCUUCCCUGCACCCUUCCCUCCUCUGCCUGCUCAGCCAAAACAGCCAACACAAGCCAAGACCCCUUUGAAUCUGGCAGACUUGGAGCUCUUUACCUCUCCUGCAGAAACCAAGCAGCCAUCCUUCCCACCUGCGUUUAACACCUCGAAACCUGGCUCCUUUCCCCCCCCACCCCUUCCAUCUGCCUCUUCCCAGCCAGCACCCAGCAAAACUUCAAGCUUAGCUGAUGACUUUGGAGAGUUCAACCUUUUUGGGGAAUUUUCUAACGGCGCAUCAGCCAGUGGACAAGAUGACUUUGCAGAUUUUAUGGCUUUCAACAGCAGCAGCGGGUUUUCCGAACAAAAACCUGAUGACAAAUACAAUGCACUCAAGCUGGAGGCCAGCCCUGCUGCUCAGGCUGGCUCCUCAGCUAGCACAGUGAAGGGUGGGCAGAGCUCUGCCACCACUGCUACUCCCACCAAAUAUGACAUUUUCAAGCAGCUGUCCCUGGAAGGCUCGGGAGCGGGCUUCGAGGAGGCCAAGGACAGCGCGCUCUCCUCGGUGAAGAGCGAUGAUGACUUUGCUGACUUCCACUCCAACAAGUUUUCUUCCAGCGGCGCCGAGAAGUCGCUGGUGGACAAAGUGGCAGCUUUCAAGCAGGCCAAAGAAGACUCUGCUUCAGUGAAAUCCCUGGAUCUGCCCUCCAUCGGUGGCAGCAGCGUGGGCAAGGAGGACUCCGAAGACGCUCUGUCUGUUCAGUUUGACAUGAAACUGGCUGAUGUGGGAGGAGAUCUUAAGCAUGUCAUGUCUGAUAGCUCUUUGGAUUUGCCAACAGUUAGUGGCCAGCAUCCACCAGCAGCAGAUGUGGAUGACUUAAAGGGUGGCCCGUUUGGAAGCUGUCACAGUGGCUCUGCAGUCAGCAGCCUGGCGAGCUACGACUGGUCUGGCUCCGACAGGGACGACAUCCAGCAGGGCAAGAAACCCUCCUGCUUCUCCCAGCCCUCGGGGAGUGGCUCCUCCACGGCCACCUCUGUCCUCCAGAAGAAGGAGACCUUGUUUGGCAGCUCAGAAAACAUCACCAUGACAACAGUUUCCAAAGUGACGACUUUCUCCAGCGAGGAUGCUUUGCAGGAUGUUUCCUUUGCAGCCUUUGCAAACUUUAAGGACUCCGGGCCGGUGUCCAGCGCUUUGAGCGACGACGACGUCGGGGAUUUUGGGGAUUUUGCCAGACUUCCCCCAGAAGCUCAGGAUGCAGCAGCAGCUGACACAGCCCUGGGUGAUGAUUUCCUCCAUGGAGACUCCUCUGAGCUGCGGAGAGAGGCCACGGAUGACUUCGGGGAGUUCCAAAGUGAAAAAGCGAAAAUCAGCAAGUUUGACUUCUUGGUGGCAACUUCCCAAGGCAAGGUGAAAUCCAGUGAGGAGAUGAUCAAGAGUGAGCUGGCCACCUUUGACCUGUCUGUGCAAGGGUCUCAUAAGAGGAGCCUGAGCCUGGGGGACAGAGAAAUCAGUCGCUCCUCACCUCUGCCAGCUCUGGAGCAGCCCUUCAGGGACCGCUCGAACACCCUGAGUGAGAAGCCAGCCCUGCCCGUGAUCAGGGACAAGUACAAGGACCUGACUGGGGAGGUGGAGGAGAGCGAGAGGUACGCCUACGAGUGGCAGAGGUGCCUGGAGAGUGCCCUGCAGGUCAUAAAGAAAGCAAAUGACACCUUAAAUGGAAUCAGCAGUUCAUCUGUUUGCACUGAAGUUAUCCAGUCUGCUCAAGGCAUGGAAUAUUUACAGGGGGUUGUUGAAGUCUACAGAGUAACAAAGAGGGUGGAGCUGGGCAUCAAAGCAACGGCAGUUUGCAGUGAGAAGCUGCAGCAGCUGCUGAAGGAUAUUGAUAAAGUGUGGAACAACCUGAUCAGCUUCAUGUCCCUGGCUGCUCUGACGGUAAGACCCAAAAAAACUGCCUGGUUACUAAAACAAAUGUCAUCGUUUGAUUUAAAGAGGCUUUGCAGGCCAGAUGAAAACUCCCUGGAUUUCUCUUCUUGUAUGCUGCGCCCAGGGAUUAAAAAUGCCCAGGACCUUGCCUGUGGAGUGUGUCUCCUAAAUGUGGAUUCCAGAAGCAAAAAAGAAGAGAAACCUCUGGAAGAACUUCCCAAGAAAGCCUUUAACUCUGAGACAGAUAACUUCAAGCUGGCAUAUGGGGGGCACCAGUACCACGCCAGCUGUGCCAACUUCUGGAUCAACUGCGUGGAGCCCAAACCUCCAGGGCUCAUCCUGCCAGACCUGCUCUGAAAGAAGCUGCACUGCAGGUGGAGCUUUGGGUCUGAUGGUGCAGGACUUGGGGUAACUGCUGUGCUGGAGAGGCUGGAGCUGGGCUCAGGGUUGGAAACGUCUGGGGUUGAUUUUUGGUUCAAAAAUCAAUGGAUUAAAGCCACUGUUUUAGAUGGUGGAGAAUUCACUUCUAAUGGCCAAGGUUUCAGAAAUAACUGGGGAAAUAUGUUGUAUGGCAAAAAAGAAAAGUGGCAUUUCAGUCUUUCUGAAGAUGAAAAUGUUAUCCUGUGGAAAAGCAGCCUGGUAACCAUGUGCAUAAACUUGGGAGAGGCCAGCAUGGAGCUUCCCAGAGAACCUGGAAUGCUGGGCUGAUUUGCAUAGAAAAAACCACUUAAAUACUUGAAGUCUGUAUUUGCAAGCAAAUCUUUUCCUUAACGUUUCUGGGACAUGGACCUUGAUGUUCUUUAAGUGUUUGCUGCUGUGAGAUCACAGCACAUGGGUCACAGCAGCAUCCAGGCAGAAUGAAUUAUUGACUCAGAAGGAGAAGCUGCUGGGUGUUUGUACUUCCACUGCUCUGUGCUGGAAGUUCUGCUGCAUGCAGAACUGGUUAGUGCUGGAAGGUGAGGACUGGAAAACUGUUGUAAUUUUCCCUGUUCUAUGUGGAUUCUGUAGUGCAGGCAGCUGGAGUUCAAAACUCAGUCUGUUGUAAAUAGAGAUAAAUUUCCCUGGAUUUGUCCUGAGCUCCAGGUAGGAUUUUGUCUCUCCUGACCUUUUGGGAGUUGUGUGGCUGCAGCACUGCUGGAAGCUGGACUCUGCUGAUGCAGCACAUCUGCUCUCUGUAGAUUCUUUCCCUUUUUUGG